CACAAACAGCGCAAGAACUUUUUCUUUCCUGAGGGCAAGACAGAGUUCAACCAUGGAUCCUAUGGUAUAAAUAUCUAUCGUCACGAUUUUUUCUCCUUUUUAUAUUAGACUUAAACACGUUGUAGAGCAACUGACCUUCUCAUUGCCCAUUGGCAGGCACCUUUCCUCGGUCUGUACGAGAAAACAUGCUCAAGUGGCACGACUAUGCCGAGCAAAAUCCAGAUCGUUGGGUUCGUCUCGAGUUGAAGCCAGCACUUCGAAAGAUUCGCUCAAAGCUUGCAGCGUUCAUGAACUGUGACACGGAUGAACUGGCCUUAGUCCAGAACACCACUACGGGCAUCAAUGCUGUCCUCCGUAGUCUUGCCUUCGCUCCUGGUGACAAGAUUCUGCAACUCUCGACAGGUUAUAUUAAUGUGGACAGGACCGUUCAUUAUAUAUGUGAUAUUCACAAAGAUGUGAACAUUAUUGAAGUCCCCAUUACGAUGCCCAUGACCGAUCAUGAAAUUGUCUAUCAGGUCGAGAAAACCGUCCAGCAUCAUUUGGCUAAAAAAGAUCAGUCAAGGAUCCGCCUUGCGGUCAUUGACUGGAUUUCUUCAGUUCCUGCGAUCGUACAUCCUGUCAAACCACUCGUUGAUAUGCUUAAAUCGUAUGGCAUUUUGGUUCUUGUGGAUGGUGCUCAUGCCAUCGGACAAGUUCCUGUCGAUUUAAAAUUCUUAAAUGCAGACUUCUUCAUUACCAACUGCCACAAGUGGCUCUACAGCGUACGAGGCUCCGCUGCGCUUUACGUUCCAAAACGAUUACAAGGUCUAAUCCAUCCAACGGCGAUCCAGGGCGACUACAAGAAUGGAUUCGAAGCCGAAUUUUCCUGGAACGGGACCAUGGAUUAUUCCUCCAUGCUGUCGAUCGAAGGCGCGCUCGAGUUCCGCGAACAGUAUGGUGAAGAAGCCAUCAUGCAUUAUAUGCAUACUUUGGCUGUGAGAGGUGGGGAAAUCAUGGUUGAAAUCUUGGGAACCCAGGUGAUGACACCUUAUGAUCAUCAAGUCGGCAGUAUGGUGAAUAUUCGUUUGCCGAUCAAGAAUAUCAACCACCCCAAGAUCGAGACACCCGAUUAUCUGGUCCGCCAUUUAUUGGAUAAGUACAACCUGUUUUCGCCAAGCUAUAAACACGGAGGCUAUUUCUGGACAAGGGUUUCUGCCCAGAUUUAUUUGGAGUUUUCUGAUUUUGUGCAUCUGGCGCAUGUUUGGAAGGAGGUGAUUGAGGAACUCAAUAACGAGGAUCAAGAAAGCUAAAAAGAUGAUCCUCUUUUCUUUUCUAGAGUAUAGAAAAUGUAGAGAUUGACGACUAACUCCUUGAGGAACAGAGAUCAAUAAACAUUGAUACUUCACAGAUGACCUGAGAGUAAAAGCUAUUCAAGUCAUGCUCAUUGCUUAAAGGAAUAAAGUCAAGCUUUAGUGAUUUUUAUAACG